GUGUUGUUAACAAAUGUUGGGAAUAAAGUGAAAAGACCUCGAAUGCCAUAAGAAAUUAAGAAUAAGAUGCAAACAACAGCGAGUGAGGUUGAGUGACACAUUCAAUUCCAUUUACACCCUUGAUCGCCAAAUUCAUCUUUCUAUGCCUGAUGGAUGCCUCAAACAAUGCGGGGAAAACCCUUGAAGCACAAGCCAAAGCCUUUUUUGACUCUGCUCCACCUUUGCACAACAGUCAUAAAAUAUCUCAAGAUUUGAAUCAUUUCAUUCAACAUAAUUCUUCAUCAUUAGAAAAUGGGGAAGCUAGGAGAAUUGUUUGUGUGACUUCUGGUGGUACCACUGCUCCAUUGGAGCAACGGUGCGUUCGAUAUGUUGAUAAUUUCAGUUCCGGUCAUCGAGGGGCCACAUCUACCGAGUACUUUCUGAAAGCUGGAUAUGCUGUUAUCUUUUUGCACCGUAGGGGAAGUUUCCAGCCAUUUUGCAGAUCCCUUCCUGAUGAUCCCUUACUUGAAUGCUUCGAGCCAACCAACGACUUAAAUAUUCAAGUUCGCGGGGCUUAUUCUGAAGCAGUGAAAAGGGCUUAUUUGUAUCACCAUAAUGCAGUGACAGACUGUCUCUUGUUAAAACUUCCUUUCAGCACUAUAUUUGAGUAUCUUCAGAUGCUGCAGAUGAUUGCAAUAUCAAUGAGGUGUGUUGGUCCACGAGCAAUGUUUUAUCUUGCUGCUGCAGUAUCUGACUAUUAUGUUCCUUGGAAGGAUAUGGUGGAGCACAAAAUUCAGUCAGGAUCUCACCUCUUGGAUGUGAAACUUGUUCAAGUGCCGAAAAUGUUGUCGGUGCUUAGGAAAGACUGGGCUCCUCUGGCGUUCUGCAUAUCUUUCAAGCUAGAGACAGAUUCAAGCAUUCUUCUAAAUAAGGCGAAUGCAGCUCUCGACAAGUACAAUAUGCAUGCAGUUAUUGCAAAUGAACUCUUAACACGCAAGGAGCAAGUGGUGGUCGUCACUAGUGCUGAAAAGAUUACCGUUCUGCGAGACAAUAGUGAGUAUGCUAAUGAUGUAGAGGAUCCCCUGAUUAAACUUCUUUCGGAGAGACAUACUGCUUACAUUGAGGAUUCUGGUAGGUAAGUCUAUGGAGUGACUUUGGCUUUGACAUUUGCUUUCUUCUCCUUGUUUCAAAUUUGGUACACUACAAUUUUUGUUGCAUUUACCAUGCUGAUUCUUUUUAAGUAUUGUUUAAAGAUAUGAUAGAUGGAAUAAGAAAUAUAGUUCAGGUCUUC